AUGGCCGCCUCAAGUUGGGUGAUCAGGCUUGAAGCCGAUAAAGGAAACCCCCCAAUUCUAGUCAAGGUCUCCCGCAAAGAAGGAGGGCACGAUCUCGACCUUGAUCUAUUGGCCACUGACGGAGAUGCGGCCUACAAGGGCAAAGUCAGGCAACGGAAUCUGAAGAAACUGCGCGCGAAGAACUACGAUGGAUCGGACAAAGACUGGAUUGCCGUCGUCUCCCACGUCCUUCUGAGGACAGCAGCACACCAGCUCGAUGACGCACAGAAGCAAAAUCUUCACGUCACCUGUUCGGUCUCUGGAAAAGAUCCUAAUGGCACACUGUCCAUAGCCUUCCUCAACAAGGUCGAAGAUAUUACCCAGAGAUUGGGAAAUAUUGAACUACCGCAGACCGAAGACACCGAUGAUAUCGACCUUUUCGGAUGGACUUUGCAGGCAGUCAAGAAGAGGGAUGAGUUGGACGAAGCCGUUCAGGCUCUGACAUGGGAGCUGAAAUCAAAGGAUGCUGCAUUGAAAACACUUCAGAAGCAGAUAGACGAGCUGGUGGAAGCCAAAUCUGAGCAUGAAAAACAACUACUAUCAAAGUUCAGUGUGCUUCUCAAUGAGAAAAAGCUUAAGAUAAGGAAUAUGCAGCGAGUUUUGUCGACUGCGAAGACAGAUGCCACAAAGCUGAAAGAGCUUCAAUCUGUCAUCAAGAAGGAAGGGUCGGCAAGCGGUGGCAGGGGAAACAAGAGGCGCGCUGAAGAAGCUCCCAAAGAUGAUGAGACAGAUGAGAGCGAGGCUUUCGAUACUAUGCAAGUUGAUGGCAAUACCAACGUCCGGCAACACGUGCCUCGAGAUGGCGACUCGCCCACUUCAAGAGAGACAACACCGGCUCGCUCAGAGGACGAGGACGAGGACGAUGAUCUUGGGGCCCCAGAACCGACUGCAUAUCGGCCUAGAACAAGAGCUUUGGGUUCCAAAAGAGCUGCCAAACAAAAGUCACCGAGUCCACUCCCCCCACCUCGAAAACUACCCUUUCAGAAGAAGACUGGGGGUCAGAACGACGAAACAUCAGCAACACAGAAAGAGCAGAAGUCCAAACUUACUGCUCCCCCGGCAGAUGCUGAUGAGGAUGAGACUGCAAGCGAAGACGAUGAAUUAUGA